AUGCAGACUGUGGUUGGAAAGAGCGGAGGAAAGGAAAUCUCCUUUCUGAACGGAGAAAUUGGGAACGGCACGCUAGUGACACAAUUCAUCCUAAUGGGAAUUUCUAAUCUCCCUGCGGUUCGCUUCUCCCUAUUUGCUGCCAUUUUGCUCAUCUACCUGAUCACACUGGUAGGAAAUGGCACAAUUCUUCUUGCCAUAGGAAUUAGCUCUCACUUGCACACCCCCAUGUAUUUCUUCCUCAGCCACCUUUCCUUGCUGGACAUCUGCUUCCCAACAGCUACAGUGCCCAAGAUGCUGGAGAACUUCUUGUUAGAGAUCAAUACCAUUUCCUUUGCUGGCUGUGUGCUACAACUCUACUUCCUGGUGGCACUGGUAGGGACAGAGGUCUACCUCUUGUCUGCCAUGGCCUAUGACCGCUAUGUGGCCAUAUGCAACCCUCUACGAUACACAGUUAUCAUGAGUAAGAAGCUUUGUCUUCAGCUGGCAGCGGUUACCUGGGUCGCAGGGUUCCUCAACUCCCUUCUGCACACAGUAAUGACAUUCACUCUACCUUUCUGCAGAUCCAAUAAAGUCAACCAAUACUACUGUGACAUCGCACCAGUGCAGGCAUUAUCGUGCGCUUCUACUUACACAGCUGAAAUGUUGGUCCUUAUUGUAGGUGGGUUUUUAGGUGUGGGGGCUUUCUUUGUGACACUGGUCUCUUACAUCUACAUCAUCUCCACCAUCCUUAGGAUCCGUUCUGCUGAGGGGAAACGCAAGGCCUUCUCCACUUGUGCCUCCCAUGUAAUUGUCGUGCUCCUCUUCUAUGGUACCAUGAUUUUCACUUACAUUAGGCCUCUCAACAGCCGCCAUCCAGACCGGGACAGGAUGGUGAGCAUGCUCUCUGGGGUGAUUACCUCCAUGUUGAAUCCCUUGAUCUACAGCCUUAGGAAUAAGGAAGUAAAGGUGACCUUGAAGAGGGUGAUAGUUCAUAUGUGCUUAAAGAGAGAAUGUGUGUCUUAG